AUGGCCAACUGUACCCGAAUUAAAGUGGAAAAGUUAAUAAAAUUUUGCGAUACCAUACCGCGAAAAACAAUAAACAACCAGAGCUGGAUUCUGCUUCCUAUGUAUCAGACGUCAGAUUUUCACUAUUUGCCUUAUGUCUGUCUUCUGUCAAUCAGAAAAAGUUUUAAAACUCAGUUCAAAUUAUCGUGGUUUCCGUAUUAUUUUACUUGCUUUUUCAGUAGUAAACCUAACAAAAUGAACAAACUUGCUAUGAGUGUUAUGCUGAAACGUGCUUGCUGCCAAAUUCCGCGACAGUCUUCUUUGUUACUGCAACGAAAGUACAGUUUUGAAAGUGAUCUUUCUUUGCGAAACAUUUACCCCUCUAGCAAUUUACGAUUGUAUACUCCUGCUCCGCCAAAGUCUACAACCGAUAAAUUCACCGGAUUUAUUCCGCUAGACAAGUUGCAAAUUACCUACAGUCGAAGCAGUGGACCUGGAGGCCAGAAUGUAAACACUGUCAGUACAAAGGUUGAUGUUCGAUUCCAUCUAGAUUCAGCUAACUGGUUAUCCGAAACGGUUCGCACGAGAUUAGCAGAAUUGCAAAGAGGUCGUAUUACCAAGGAAGGGUAUCUAGUCAUUAAAAGUGAGCUCACUCGUUCCCAACAGAUGAAUAUGGCGGAUGCGUUGGAAAAGCUACGCAGUUUCAUUCGUGAAGCGGAAAAACCACAGACAGUUGAAUUGUCCCCGGAAACUGUAGAAAAACUACGCCGUCGUCACGAGAGAUCAAUCCGAGAACGGCUAUCGUUAAAAAGAAGUAGAUCCCAAACGAAAGCGGAUCGACGUGAUCCCACAUUGUGAAUUACAUACUUUUGAAGUUUAAAUAAAUAGUUUAGCUAUUGAA